UGACGACAAUGGCUCCGAAGCUACUGUCACCCCUCUUCCAAUGGCUCAUUCUCCUAACCCUCCUUCUCCUCUUUCUCUACUCCUCACUCCUCUCCUUCCACACAUCCUCCCCGCUACCCAAACCAAUCCCCACUUUACCCUCCUGCAAUUUCUUCAAUGGCCAUUGGGUCCAAGACCCCGACCGCACACCCAUGUACGACGAGAGCUGCCCAUUUCACAGGAACGCGUGGAACUGCUUGAGGAACAAGAGGGACAACAUGGGUGUCAUCAAUUCCUGGAAAUGGGUUCCUCGUGAUUGCGUCUUGCCUCGGAUCGACCCGGUUCGGUUUCUGGGUCUGAUGAGGAACAGGAACAUUGGGUUUGUUGGUGACUCUUUGAAUGAGAAUUUUCUGGUGUCGUUUUUGUGCGUACUUAGAGUGGCGGAUUUGGGGGCUAAGAAGUGGAAGAGGAAAGGGGCUUGGAGAGGUGCCUAUUUUCCCAAGUUCAAUGUUACGGUGGGGUAUCAUCGAGCUGUGUUGCUCUCCAAAUAUGAGUGGCAGCCAAAACAGCAUGCAGAUGGUGAUCAAGAUGGACUCAAAGGAAUAUAUCGAGUAGAUGUUGAGAUUCCUUCUGAUGAUUGGGCAAACAUUGGUGAUUUCUAUGAUGUCCUUGUUUUCAACACUGGCCAUUGGUGGGGCUUUGAUAAAUUCCCAAAAGAAACUCCUCUCACUUUCUAUCGUGCGGGUGAACCAAUAUAUCCUCCGCUUGAUAUAUUGGGUGGAUUUAAAGUUGUUGUCGAGAAUAUGGCCUCAUACAUACAAAACAAAAUUCCUCUGAAGACAUUGAAGUUAUGGCGUUUACAAUCACCAAGGCAUUUUCAUGGGGGUGACUGGAAUCAAAAUGGCAGUUGCUUGUUUAAUAAACCCCUUGAGGAGCACCAGCUUGACUUGUGGUUUGAUCCCAGCAACAAUGGACCAAAUAAAGAAGAAAGACUGCUGAAUCGUCUCAUAGAAGACGCAUUGCAAGGAACUGAUAUUCAAUUGCUUAACUUGACUCAUCUGAGUGAGUUCAGAGCAGAUGCCCAUCCAGCAAUUUGGUUGGGACAGAAGGAUGCCGUCAAAGUCUGGGGCCAGGACUGCAUGCACUGGUGCCUACCUGGUGUACCAGAUACAUGGGUUGACAUUUUAUCAGAGCUGAUCCGUAUUGGUUUGGAGCUGGGAUGAUGAACACUUUGUCGAACAUAUGGUCUAAAAUUGCAUUCCAGGAUGGCUUCUAAGGAGGACAGAUUUAGCCUAAACUUUCCCUAUGCUGAGUAGGCAAAGAAGGCCACGACAAUGUUUUGAAUUGAGAGCAUACAAGCACAUCACAAAUCUGACUGGGAACUUGGUGACAGCUUUUUGAUGAAGGUUGCUGUUCCAUUUUUUUGUAAAGGAGAGUUAGAUGGUAUUUGAAUUGUAACAAAAUUAGAUCCAGAGGGGAAAAUUGUAACAAAUAAGUAGCAUGUUCUUUCAUUACACUUUAAUGUUAUACGGGAGGCAAAAUUUCCCUGUGAACUUGAUG